AUGGAACCAAUGACUCUGCUGUGGCUACUCUCUCAUCUGACAAUGAGCCCCAACCGAUCUCAGUUCUUCGAAGGUGACUUUGUAUCUCUGAGCUGUGAGGAGGACGACAGCUCUACGAGAUGGAAUCUGACAAGAAACACAAGAAAACAACAGAGGACUCAGUGUGGAGUUCGGUGGGGAAUAACAGCUGGUUCCUCCUGUAACAUCAGUUAUGUCUUUCCACUGGACAGUGGAGUUUACUGGUGUGAGUCCAGAGAUGGUCCCAUCAGUAACAUGGUUAACCUGACAGUCACUGGUGGAUCAGUGAUCCUGCAGAGUCCUGUCCCCCCUGUGAUGGAAGGAGAUGACGUCACUCUGCUCUGUAAAACAAAGACCACUCCCUCCAACCUCCCAGCUGCUUUCUUCAAAGAUGGAGUCUUCAUCGGGAAAGAGCCUACAGGUCACAUGACCAUCCAGCAUGUUUCCAGGUCUGAUGAAGGCCUCUACAAGUGUGACAUCAGCGGUCAUGGAGAGUCUCCAUCCAGCUGGAUCACUGUCACAGUCCAGCCCACAUCUGGAGCUCCGCCCUCUGCCUCAACACACUCACAGCUCACGCUGACCCUGCUCCGCUACCUAGUGGUGUUCUGUCCAUACUUUAUCUCCACUCUCCUCAUGGUGUCUUUAUAUUUAUCCAGAGCCAAUAAUCAAUAAUCAAUGACCUAAUAACCUAAUGAUUGACAGCUGUUAAUUGUUUAAUUCUUUAAAUAGAAUAAAUCAAACUUUCCUUUCUGACCUUGCUGGACUCCAUGAAAUGCCUCCUGUGACAGUGAUGA